CCACGCAAAAAACACACUCGAGCUCCAAGCAAAGCCCAGAGAGUUCAGCGAUCGAGUCGAAUCACCCGGCCGCUAGCUAGCACUAGCAGCAGCGCGAUGGCUUCCCUGACCGUGUCCACGGCGACCGCGGCGGCGGCCGGCGGCAACAAGAGCAAGGAGCAGCAGCGCGAGGGCGCGGAGAUCAUCACGGGCGCGGAGGCCUGCUUCGCGCACUCCAAGGAGAUGCUCAAGUCGCUGGGGUUCCCCGGCGGCGUCAUGCCGCUGCGCGGGCUGGAGGAGUGCGGGUGGGUGCGCGAGACCGGCUUCGUGUGGAUGCGGCAGAAGGCGCCCUACGAGCACUACUUCCGGGGCACGGGCACGCGGGUGCGCUACGACGCCGAGGUCACCGCGUACGUGGAGGAAGGGCGGAUGAAGCGCAUGACCGGGGUGCGCAGCAAGCAGGUCAUGCUCUGGGUGCCCAUCGUCGAGAUGAGCCUCGACGGCGACAAGCGCGACAAGAUCUACUUCAAGUCCAACGUCGGCAUCGGCCGCUCCUUCCCGGCCUCCGCCUUCCCCGACGAGGACGAGGAAGCGGCGGAGCCGAAGAAGAAGAAGGAAGAGGAGAAGAAGGAGGAGGAGGAGAACGCCGGCGACGACGACAAGUCAGCCGCCGACGAUGCCGCCGCCAACAAGUGAGACGCGCGAGCGCGCGCGUGUCGUCGUCGUCCUGCGAGUUCUGUGCGCGGUUGCACGCACGAUUGCGCGACGCAUCUCGCGCGUGACCAAGCGUGAAGAUGCAUAUGUAUCAUCUUUCUUUGCGGAGUUUGUAUUAUUGCUUUUCCCUUUUUAUUUGUUUUAUUAUAUUUGUUUUUCUCUCUCUUUCAAAACGUAUCAUUGCUUGUAUCUGUUGUUGCCUGUUUACCGCGUUUGAUACGCACGGGAAGAUUAAUCGAGCAAGUGUGAUGUUUACUCACGAAA